CUGCGUUAAGAGCAAAAUCCUCUUCCCAUUAAAACCCACUCGUCGGAGGAAUCAGUGCGCCGCCGCUGUUUGCAGCGUUCCGCGACUGCGGCGUUUGGAGCGUGCAACAAUGUCACAUCUUCCCGCACUUGUUAUUCUAGUUCUUCCGUCACCAUUCUAAUGAUACCAUUGAGAAGGUGCAAAUUCCCAUCUUUUUAUCAGUUUCAUCUUUCCCACCCCUCAAGAAUUCCAAGUCUCACUCUUUCUGCGAUGAACGCAUGCGCUCGUUCAGCCGCAUACCCUUCCCCAUCAUCUCCCGGCGAAACUGUCUCCGAUCUCGCAGCUUACCGCCUCUCUCUUCUCGCAGGUCUUGCCCGCCGCGGUUUGCUCUCUGCCGCUCACAACGUUAGCCAACGCAUCAUAAUUUCUUCGUCCUCGCUGGAAGCUGCUGCCGCCUUGAGCUAUGCUAUCUCUCUCGGCCUUCCCAUUGACCUUGGUCGGCUCCUCCGUUCUCUCAUAACCGCCGGCCAGCUUCAUAAGGCCGAUGUCCUCUUCAAUCAUAGCAGCAAAGACAAAGUUUCCAUGGAUUCCGCUGUGCUGAAUUCUAUGAUUGAGUGCUACUGCAAGCUUUGGAAGCUUGACGUGGCCGAAACUUAUUUGGACGAACUGGUGAAAAUCGGAUGUUUGCCGACCGCGAGGGCUUACGUUGCUGUGCUUCGCGCGCGCUGUGGAAAGGGAAAGUACAUGGACGCUUUCAAUCUCUUUUGUGCGAUAGCUGCUCAAGAAGGACUACUUCCACCUUUGUCAGUCUACAAUGCCAUGAUCUUUGGUUUGUGCUCCAUUGGUUGCUUGGACCAUGCCCGCUUCAUGUUUGAUUUUAUGUUUAACUUGGGCUUACCGCUCUCUCCACGGUCAUAUAAGGCUUUAGUGUAUGGACUUUCCAAGGCAAGUCGAGUUUUGGAGGCCGAGAAUUUAUGCAACAAAAUGGAAUCACGUGGAUUUUGGUUGGACUGCACAUUGUGCACUUCGCUUAUAAAUGGGUACCAGAAGGAAGGUAGGAUGGAAUUGGCUUUGAAGAUUUUCAACAGAAUGCAAGAGAUGAGCUGGUGCCAGCCUGAUACAUAUGCAUAUAAUACCAUUAUCCAUGGAGUUUUGAAGCUUGGCCAUCUUGAUUCAGCAUGGAAACUCUUCAACCAGAUGGUGGAGAGAGGCUUGAAACGGAAUGUAGUCACCUAUUGCAUGAUGAUAAACUGGCACAGCAAAAACAGACGCGUGGACCAAGCAAUGGAGCUUUUGAAGGAGAUGUAUGAGUCCGGUUUACCUCCUAAUUUGCAGUGUUACACAGUUCUGGUUACUUCACUUUGCAUGGAAAGGAGAAUGGUUGAGGCGGAGCAGUUGUUUGAUAAGAUGUUGGACAGUGGUAUUGUUCCAGACCAUGUGAUGUUUUCCGUGCUUAUGAAGAAUCUACCCCGAGGUCAUCGGCCCAUGGUGAUUAAGAAAACUUUGCAUGCUAUUGCUGACUGGAAGAUUGACUUGUCGAGAGUCUCUAACAUUUCUUCCUGCAAUGAAGGCUUCAAAGGGGAAAUUGAAGUUUUGCUGGACGAGAUAAUGAAAAGUGAUGUAUUUCCUGUUCAUUUGAUUUUUAAUGUUUUGCUUUGUGUCUUUUGUACAGAGGGAAACAUUGAUUUAGCUUGCAAUUUUAUGGAAACAAUGGUUAGUUGGGGUUAUGAGCCUUCAAUCUCUACUUACAAUUUCUUGUUAAGGUGCAUGUCCAAAGAGGGUCAUUUGGAAGAUGCUGGUUCGCGUGUUAGCCUCCUUGUGCACCAUCAAGGUGUGCCGUCUAGUUUGACUGCUUACUCCAUUAAAAUUAAUGCACUUUGCAAGAAUGGGCAGGUAGAUUUGGCACUUGAACAACUUGAUGAAAUGAUACAGAAAGGCUUUGAUCCUACUGUUUCUAUUUAUGAUUCAAUAAUUGGUUCCUUGUGCAGAGCAGGAAGAAUAAGGAAGGCUGACAUGACCUUCAAUAACAUGCUUAAAGCUGGGGUUAAUCCUGAUGAGGUUGUGUAUGCCACACUUAUCAACGGUCAUUGUGUUCUGGGAAGAGCUGUUAGGGCUUGUCAUCUAUUUGAUCAGAUGAUGCAACGGGGGUUGUUGCCUAGUUCUCGUGCUUAUAGUGCACUUAUAAAUGGUUUGAUUAAGAAAAACAUGUAUAAGAAUGCUUGCCAUUAUCUAGAUAGGAUGUUAGAGGAUGGUUUUGUUCCAGAUACUGUUCUUUACACCAUGCUUGUUAAUCAAUUUUUGAGGAAAGGAGAGGUUGGUUUAGCCUUGUAUAUAUUUGAUCUGAUGGUUAGGAAUCAGAUUGAACCUGAUCUUGUUGCAUAUGGAUCUCUGAUAUGUGGACUUUGUGGACACAAAAGUGGUGCCAGAAAUCUCUCAUUAACCAGAAAACUCAAGAAGACAAGACACAUUGUUUAUAGAUUGGAAUCUAGAGGAAAACAUACAUCCCGAAUGCUUCAAAGUAAAAGGCUAUCUUCCAUGUCCAUAACAGAAAAGGUCAAUUUCGCAUUGGAAAAAGUGCAGGAUCUUGUAUAUAGAGGGUUGGUGCCAGAUUUGCACAUCUAUAAUGGUAUAAUUAAUGGACUUUGUGGAUGUAAUAGGAUAGAAGAUGCUUAUAAUCAUAUUGCUGAUAUGCAUAACCAUGGCAUUGCUGCCAAUCAGGUGACCUAUACUAUUCUUAUGAAGGCUUUUAUUAGAUCUGGUGAUAUUAAUUGUGCAACUUGGUUAUUCAAUCAGAUGAGUUCCAAUGGCUGUAUUCCUGAUAAAAUGUCAUACAAUACAUUGAUUGUGGGCUUUUGCAUAACCGGUAGAGUGAUUGAGGGAUUAUCACUUGUUCAUGGGAUGCAGAAGAGAGGUCUCCUUCCAAACAAGAUUUUAUACGACCAAUUACUUAAAUUCAUUGUUCCUUGUUGUCCUAGCAAUCUAGCCAUCCUACUUCUAGAAGAGAUGAUCUCACAUAAUCAUGUGCCACAUUCUAGUAACUAUAAUAAAUUACUUUGGGUGCUUUCCACAAAGGCUAAUUUAUUGGAAAUUCGCAGGGUUUAUAAUCUUAUUCUUAAAUUAGGAAGAAUACCAGAUGAGACCACAAAGAAGCAACUUUUGAAAAUAUGCCAUAGCAAAGGAGAAUUCAACAUGGCUUUGAAAAUAAUGGAGAACAUGCCCAUUAAUAAUGACUAAAUUUUGAUUUUCUGGUGAGUGGUACAAAGCUUCUUAGGUAUGCAUGAGGUUUCUAUGACUCCACGCCAUUUCUUAAAUAGUUUGUGUUCUUCCAUUGAGAGGUGUCAUCUCUUUCCAAAGAUGCUUGUGUUCUGAAGAACGGCUUGGGAGUGUUCCCGUCGUUUGCUUCCCUCACAGACUCUUGUACGCCUAUUUUGUGUGAUGCUUCAUGAAGUAAAAGACACAACUCUAUAACGAGCAAUCCCACCCUAUGUAUAGCAGUGCUCCCGCCAGUCUUCACAAGAAACGGAAGAUGCGAUCCCGUCAUCACCUUCCCCACUAGCUGAACUUGCGGCUCUAUUGCAGGACGAAGCAGGAGGAGAAAGAUGCACUUAUGCAUGUUGGUGCUAACUUGACUUGGCUAUGUUUAUCCUUCUUAUGACACACGUGCCAUCAUUCAUAAGGUUUGAAUUUUUUUCCUUGAUAGAGCGGUGAGCCAUCGCAUACAAAUUCUAAACUCGAAGCAGCGGGAGACUAUUUUCUACGCAUUCUUAGGCACAUCAAAAAUUUUAGUGCAAGAAGAAAUAUAAAAAAUGAAGAAUGAUUGCCAUGAAGCCUACCCACCUCUAAGAGUUAAUAUUGUCUGUUAUGAUGAUUAACUGAUCAAGGAUUAUCAGCCAUUUGUGGGACAUCUAUAAGUUGCAGGAAAUGAGGUGCUGCUACUGUUGUUAUUUGCUCCAAGCAAAUUACAAUUGGUGCAUGUGAUUUAUUGGAUUUGCAAUUAAUCAGAUGUGUUACGUCGUUUUUAGCUAAGGGUUUGGAAGACAACUUUUGGCGUAUGUUUCUAUUCAGGACAGCCGCCGACUACCGUUGUUCCCUUUCUAUGGCUGUAUCCGAAGGUGAGAAGGAGCUCCGGCUAUAACUCAUCUGAGGUGGUGACUGUUUCCAAGGUUUUGAGUGGUGCUUCGGCUGUUGCUUGAUUCUGCAGGGAUAUUUAUCCUUACCCAACUCCUCCGCAAUCUUUCCAACCAUCCCGCUCGCUUCAGCAGUUCUUGGACAAUCCUCCCCUUUGCUAUCCCGCUGCCCACCACCCUUCCCCUUAGCUACCACUCGCUGUCCUAGCCACCUACUUCGUUGUUUUUUUGUCCCACCUCAACACUGCAACCUCUUCCCUUAUUGCCAUGUCAUUGUCCAUCCGUCUGAUGACACUGUCGUGGACCCACAACUCCUUUCCUUGUUGUCGUGAGCUUACCCGUCCCUUCCAAAACCCUGCCACCACUUCCUUGAUGCAGCCACCUCACAGUACCUUGCAGCCUCCUACCUUCCUUCCAUCCGACAAGAAACCACAGUCGUCCCUUGCUGCUUUCUGACCAUUCCCCCACUCACAUGCGUACUUUUCCUCUGUAUAACUACAAUACCCCAUUCCUCGACCUAACCUCUAGUUGAGUUGUGUUGUGUCUUUGCUUGUAUCUUAUUUCUCUAUUGUGGUUCUAGUUAACUCUGGUAUCAGGUACUACUUUAACAUUUUGAGUGGGUUUAUUAAAGUCAUCACCAUUUCUAGCUUGGUUCUCUUCCCUAGAGUACUUUCUAUGCCCUGAAUUGUGCUUGAUAUUUGGGCUCUCUACAUGAAGCUUUUAUAAGAGAUGGUUUCGGUAAGUGCUACAGUUUGUAUUUGCAGCUUAAGAUUCAAUCGAUUAACUUGGCUCAGCAUAACUUUAAAUAAGGUUGGCACAUUAUUGUUUUUUAAAGAUUGUUUGAACUUAUUUCA